ACGUGAGGCCGCGAGAGAGGUGGGAGUGGAGCAUCUCAGGUAGGACCGAGGAGCGCCUUCCGGAAAACCUCCUCCGGCCGCGGGACUCGGAUUGGCUCGGUCCACGAGGUCAAGACCCUUUCGGCGCCUUCCCCUGACCCGCCCCGCCGUGGUCGCGUUGCUGUAGAGACGCGGGAGCGGGGCGGGGCGGGGCGGGGGCAUGCUGGCCAGGCGGCUGGGCGCGAGUGGCAGCGCGGGCGCCCGAGCAGCGGCCGGCCCGGGGCGCCCGGGGGCCGGAUGGCGGAGCCCACGCGCGCCGCGGAGCCGGGGAGGUUUGCGCUCCGCUUGCCGCGCUGCAGGGAGGGCGCGGUGCCAGGCGCGAGCGCCCAGAGACCCAAAAAGAAAGCUUUUUAUUUGCUGAGGAUGAAGCCCCUGAAGGAGCCCGCCCCCAACAACAACAACAACGUAUCCUUUGUGAUCCAUUGUCAACUAGGCAAGGAGAUCAAACACAUUUGCAGCAACUGCAGUCGCGGGGAGGACGCCCGGGACGCUGAGGAAGUGGAGAGGCUGGCGGCGAUGCGUUCUGACUCCCUCGUCCCAGGUACCCACACCCCACCCAUCCGGAGGAGAAGUAAGUUUGCCAACCUGGGAAGGAUUUUCAAACCUUGGAAAUGGAGGAAGAAGAAAAGCGAAAAGUUCAAACACACAUCUGCAGCCCUGGAGAGGAAAAUAUCCAUGAGGCAAAGCAGAGAGGAGCUGAUAAAGCGAGGGGUCUUGAAGGAAAUCUAUGAUAAAGAUGGGGAGCUCUCCAUAUCGAAUGAAGAUGACUCCUUGGAAAACGGGCAGUCUCUAAGCGCCAGCCAGCUGUCUCUGCCUGCCCUGUCCGAAAUGGAGCCAGUUCCGAUGCCCAGGGAUCCCUGCUCCUAUGAGGUGCUCCAACCUUCAGACAUCAUGGAUGGGACAGUGUCUGAAGAGAGUCCCUCUGCCAGUGAGUCUGGAGUCCUCCUGUCCCAAGAUCCUUCAGCCAAACCAGUCCUGCUCCUGCCCCCAAAAAAACCUGCUGCUUUCUCUGGAGACCAUGAAGAGACCCCAGUGAAGCAGCUGUCCCUUCUCAAGCAACCCCCUGCCCUGCCUCCCAAACCCACUGCCAGGAUUGCCAACCACUUAACAGAUCCUGGCGCCCCUGUGAAAUUGCCUUGUCUGCCAGUGAAACUGUCGCCUCCGCUACCUCCAAAGAAAGUCAUGAUCUGUAUGCCUGUAGGGGGGCCAGACCUCUCCCUGCCAUCCUACGUGGCUCAGAAGAGUGGCCAGCAGGGCGGGGCCCAGCACCACCACACGGUCCUGCCGUCCCAGAUCCAGCACCAGCUGCAGUAUGGCAGCCUCGGCCCGCAUCUCCCCUCCACCACCGGCUCCCUCCCCAUGCACCCCUCGGGCUGCAGGAUGAUAGACGAGCUGAACAAAACCCUGGCCAUGACCAUGCAGAGGCUGGAAAGCUCUGAGCAGCGGGUCCCCUGUUCCACUUCUUACCACAGCCCUGGUUUGCACUCGGGUGAUGGUGUCACAAAAGCAGGACCUCUGGGCCUUCCGGAAAUAAGACAAGUGCCAACUGUUGUGAUUGAAUGUGAUGACAAUAAAGAAAAUGUGCCUCAUGAAUCAGACUACGAAGACUCUUCUUGCCUGUACACGAGAGAAGAGGAGGAGGAGGAAGAGGACGAGGAUGACGACAGCUCAUUGUAUACCAGCUCCCUGGCCAUGAAGGUGUGCAGAAAGGACUCCUUAGCCAUCAAACUCAGCAACAGGCCCUCCAAGCGAGAGCUAGAAGAAAAGAACAUCCUCCCCAGGCAGACAGAUGAAGAGAGACUGGAGCUGAGGCAGCAGAUUGGCACCAAGCUCACCAGUUCAGGGAGAAGCUGAGCGGCAGGUUUCCAGGGAGAAUAACCAUCUGUGGAAAGAUCAUCACCAUCCAGGAGAAUUGAUGACCUGUAUACAUAGGAGUUGUCAUUUGAUGAAGCACAAAGCAAUCAAAUAAAUGCCCUUUCUGCUAUAUUAUACAACCAGAAGAGAUCACUGGCUGUUAGUGAUGCCUCAUUGCUGAACUGUGACUUCUCUUGAGUGAUUGCUCUUGUGUAUGGACAUUAUAGACGGUCAUAGCAGUAUGUUAUAUUAAUAGGUUAACACCUAUGUGUGUAUUUGUAAUGUAGGCCAUGUUUAUAUGGUAUUAGCUAACAUUCGUGGAGCACUUAGUAUUUGCCAGGCAUUCUUCUAAACAUUUUACAUGUGUUAAAUCAUUUAAUCUUUGAGCUGCCCUAUGAAAUGGACCUUUUUCUGCCCAUUUUACAGAUGAGAACACCAGACACAGAGAACUUUAGUUACCUGCGUAAUGUCACAUGCAAUGGCCCCAGAGGGCUCCCUGUCUAUAACAGUACUUAUCACAUGAGCCCUUCCUUGGUCCCAGGCACAGUGCUAAGGGCUUGAUGCAAUGUGUAAUCGUCUCCAGGGUUUCAUCCUGACUCUCCCUCUUACUAGCUCUAUAGCCUUGAAUAAGUCACUUAUUUUCUUUGCCUAUGUUUCUGCGUUUGUAAAAUGGGGAAUGGUAAGAACAAACAAUAUAAGUAAAGCCUUUGAGACAGUGCCUGGCCCGUAGUAACCAUGCAGUUAGCUGCUGCUGUUAUUCCGUUUUCUCUACCUGACAACCCCGUCAAGCAGCAUUCAUUGUCAUCUUCUAAGUACAGGAGAGGAAACUGGUGCAUAAACAGGUUACAGCUGCAGAGACGUCAUCCAACAGUGCGCUGGUGUUCUGCCCUCCCACCGGCCUCAUUUCAUUACUUAAGGGCAGCUUCUUUCUCGUCAUUGAUGGGUUUACUUGUGGAGGAGGUUGUUUUAAUGGUGCAGGGCUGUGUAAAAUGGCCAACACUGAUGGAUGAUUUGGCCUUGUGUUAUGCACUCUUUAGAGUCACAGAAUGAAAAUAUCUAACCACCUGCCACACACUCAUACUCGUUGACUGCGGUAACAUGUCCACACUUUGGUCAUCCAGAUCUCUCUCCAUCCCUCAGUGAUAGUUCUCACAGCACUCCGGAGAGCCUGUCCCUUGUUGGAGAGCCGGAUUGUUAAACGUUCUUCCUUCUAUUGAACUGAAAUCUCUGUCCAUGCAACUCCCACCUAUUGGUCUUAUUCUCUUCUCUCUGCAGCUACGCACAGCCUCUCCCUCUUGACAUGCUUGCUUUAGGGUACUUGGAGACAAUGAUCCUGGCCUCCCCAAGUCUCCUCUCCUGGACUAUGUAUA